AGCGGUGACCUGCACACACUGGGAGCGCACUGGGCGAGGAGGCGCAGGAGCAGCAGCGGAGGCACAAAGAUUUAGAAAUAAGAAGAAAGAGGGAAAAUAAAAGUUUCGGAACACCUCUUUUUUUGGCACCAUGUCCUGUCUUGGCACCACGGCCAGGGUGCUGGUCGCCCUGUGGCUCUCCAGCGCGGUGGACUGCUGGCCCAAAGGCACGCAGCGGGGUCGCAGACAAGCUCAGCAGCAUCACGGCUCCUCAGUCUCCCAAGAUGGCUGUACAGAGAAUGGUCACAUCUAUAAUGUUAAUGAGCAGUGGGAGCGGCCGUUUUUGGGCAGCACUCUUAUCUGUACCUGCCACGGAGCUGCUGGGAUUAAGUGUAAAAGCAAACCUGAAGAGGAAAAGUGUUUCGACAAAGUCAACCAGCAGCACUACAGUGUAGGAGAAACCUAUGAGAGACCCAAUGAUGGCAUGAUCUGGGACUGUACCUGCAUUGGCUCUGGAAGGGGCAAGAUCAGUUGCACCAUUGCUAAUCGCUGUCAUGAGGGUGGAUCUUCAUAUAAGAUAGGAGACACCUGGAGGAGACCCCAUGAAACAGGAGGAUACAUGCUGGAGUGUGUGUGCCUGGGUAAUGGCAAGGGAGAGUGGACCUGCAAGCCUGUUGCUGAGCGUUGCUAUGACAACUCGGCGGGAACAUCUUAUGAUGUUGGACAGACGUGGGAGAAGCCGUACCAGGGGUGGAUGGUAGUGGACUGCACCUGUAUGGGAGAAGGAAGUGGACGCAUCACAUGCACAUCUAGAAAUCGCUGUAAUGACCAGGAAACUCUGUCCUCAUACCGUAUUGGAGAUACUUGGACCAAGACGGAUUCUCGCGGCCACCUGCUUCAGUGUCUGUGUACAGGGAAUGGCCGUGGAGAGUGGAAGUGUGAACGUCAUGCCUCACUUCACACCACAAGCCUGGGCAGUGGAAAUCGAGUGGUCACCAACAUCCAGCCUGUCGGUUUACCUGAGCCUCCCCAGGAGGGAACCUGUAAGACUGAGGCUGGACUGACAUUCUUUAUUGGACAGCGCUGGAUGAAGACCCAAGGAACCAAGCAGAUGAUCUGUACCUGCCUUGGCAGCGGAAUAAGUUGCGACCCGUGGGACGGCCCAGCUCCAGUGUAUGGUGGCAACUCUGGCGGCCAGCCCUGUGUGUUUCCUUUUGUCUACAAAGGGAAGACCUACCACUCCUGUACCUCUGAUGGACGUGCUGACGGACAGCUGUGGUGCUCUACCGCCUCUGACUUUGAGACAGAACAAAAAUAUUCUUUCUGUACCGAGAAGAAUGCUAUCGUGGUGACACGGGGGGGCCAUUCUAACGGAGCACUUUGUCAGUUCCCUUACCUCUAUAAUGGCCGAAACUAUACGGACUGCACUGCAGACGGCCGUCGGGACGGCAUGAAGUGGUGCGGCACAACAACAAACUAUGAUGAAGAACAACAUUUCGGCUUCUGCCCCAUGGCUGCUCAUGAAGAGGUAUGCACAGCAAGUGAAGGGGUGAUGUACCACGUAGGUGACCAGUGGGACAAACGACACGACGUGCUAGGUCACAUGAUGAGGUGUACCUGCGUCGGCAAUGGCCGAGGAGAAUGGAGCUGCGUUGCCUACUCUCAGCUGAAAGACCAGUGUACUGUUGAUGGUCUGACCUAUGAUGUCAACCAGACCUUCACCAAACAACACGAGGAGGGAUACACGAUGAACUGCACCUGCUUUGGACAGAGCCGUGGCCGCUGGAAGUGCGAUGCCAUUGACCAGUGCCAGGAACCAGAGACGAGAGCUUUCCAUCAGAUUGGGGAGUCUUGGGAUAAAGUCAUCCAUGGAAUUAUGUACAAGUGCUACUGCAAUGGCAAUGGCGUUGGAGAGCUCAGCUGUGAACCUCAGCAGUCGUACUCUGGUGGCUAUCGCCCUGUUCAGGUAAUCAUAACUGAAUCUGGAAACCAGCCCAACUCCCAUCCCAUUCAGUGGAAUGCGCCAUCAUCUGCUCACAUCACCCAGUACAUCCUUAAAUGGAGAGUGAAAGACACACACACCGCAUGGAGGGAGGUGAACAUUCCUGGCCAUCUUAACUUCUACACCAUCUCUGGUCUGAAGCCGGGCAUCACCUAUGAGGGUCAGCUGAUCAGCGUGCUGCGAUUCGGACGCAGAGAGAUCACACGUUUUGACUUCACUACUAAUUAUGGAUCAUUGGCUACAUCCCAGGGCGAGACAACCCCACCUCCGUCUACGGUGGACACCUCAGAAUCAGUGACAGAAAUCACUUCCAGCAGCUUUGUCAUCUCCUGGGUUUCUGCAUCUGACACAGUUUCUGGAUUCAGGGUGGAGUAUGAGCUCAUGGAGCAGGGACAGGGGACAGGACAGCCCAUCGUUCUCGACCUUCCCCAUACGGCGUCCUCAGUCAACAUCAAUGAGCUUCUGCCUGGAAGGACAUACAAUGUGAAUGUCUUUGAGGUUACAGAUGGCGAGGAUAACCUUAUUCUCAAUACUUUCCAAACAACUGCCCCCGAUGCUCCCAAGGAGCAUGAAGUGGAGGAGGUUGGAGAAACCUCCAUUGUGAUCAGCUGGGACAAACCACUGGCUCCAAUCACUGGGUAUCGUGUUGUCUACACGCCAUCCAUAGAAGGUGAAAGCACAGAGCUGAAUCUCCCGGAUACAGCAACGUCUGUGACACUCAGUGACCUGAUGCCUGGGAGGUCUUACAACAUCUCCAUCUAUUCAGUAGAAGAAAAUCUUGAGAGCGAACCUAUCUUUUUCCAGGUCAACACCCCAGGAGAGCCACUGCCAGAGGUUGAAGUGGUUUCCCCAACUGACCUGCGGUUCUUUGAAGUAUCUGAUAAGAAAAUAGUCCUGACCUGGACCGGCCCGGGCACUGAUGUCUCCGGCUAUCGGGUCACUGUGCUCCCUGUUGAGGAGACCGGUGCUCCCCGCAAAGAGAUGACGCUACCCGUCAGUCAGAACUCCUACAUUGAAGUGACUCACCUGGAGCCGGGCACAAUGUACCGCUUCAACGUCUACACCAUCCACAACGGAGAGGAGAGUUUACCACUUAUUGGGGAGCAAAGCACUAAGCCAGAUGCUCCCACUGACAUCCAUUUCACCAACGUGACAGACGAGAGCGCAGUGAUACAUUGGUUUGCGCCCCGUGCCAAAAUCACUGGUUACCGUCUCUUCCUCACCAUUGAGGGCUCCAACCCCAAACAGCUGCGUCUGCCUGGCCUCCUAUCUCACUACACCCUCUUGAACCUGCAGCCAGAUACAGAGUACACCGCCACGCUGUACGCGGAGCAGGAUAACACGCUGAGUGUAGGAGAGAGUGCUGUGUUUACCACAAACCCACCAAUGGGCAAUGCUCCUCAGUUCAACACUGAUGUGACUGACACCUCCAUAAUCAUUUCUUGGACUCCAGUUCCUCGUGUUGAAUACAAGCUGACGGUGCGCCCUAGUCAGGGCGGGGAAGCUCCAAGAGAUGUGACCUCUGACUCGGGAAGUAUUUACGUAUCUGGUCUGACUCCUGGAGUAGAGUACAUGUACAGCGUCCAGCCAGUUAUAAAUGGCCAGGCGCAAGGAACGCCAAUCACACGCACUGUGGUCACACAACUGUCUCCUCCUACUGAUCUGAAUCUGGAAUCCAACCCAGACACUGGUGAUCUAUUAGUCCAGUGGAGUGGAACCAGUACCCCAGACAUUACAGGCUACAGAGUGAUGUGCAGGCCCACCAAUGGACAACAAGGAAACAGUGUGGAGGAAUUUGUGGAGGCGGGGCAGAACUCCUGCACCCUGGAGAACCUCAGUCCAGGUGUGGAGUACAAUGUCAGCGUUGUCACUGUUAAGGAUGAUAUGGAGAGCGCUCCAACAACAACUAUCAUCACUCCAGAAGUGCCCCAGUUGACAGACCUCAGCUUUGGGGACGUAACUGACUCCACCAUUAGUCUCCGCUGGUCACCGUUCAACACCACAGCUAUCACCGGUUACAGGGUCACCGUGGUCGCAGCCGGCGAGAGCAUCCCAAUUUUUCAAGAUUUAGUCUUGCCAACCACGGGUCAUUACACAGUUUACGGACUGGAACCUGGCAUCGACUACAACAUCAGCAUCAUCACUGUGACGGAGAACGGCGAGAGUGAACCCACCACGCUCAUCCAGCAGACAUCUGUACCAGCUCCCACGGGCUUGAGCUUUGGUGAGGUUGGGCCGGACACUAUGGAGGUCACCUGGGCCUCUCCUCGGGUCCCAAACACUGCUGACAUUAACAGCUUCCUUGUUAGGUAUCACCCCAUUGAUGAUGAAGAUGAAAUAACAGAAACCAGCGUAGGAGGUGGGAACAACCGCGUGGUGCUCAGACAUUUGCUGCCUAACACAGAGUAUCUAGUGAGUGUGGUGUGUGUAUAUGAGCAAAGGGAGAGCUCACCUCUGGUUGGCACCAGGAAAACAGCUCUGGAUUCUCCAGUUGGCCUUCGUUUCUCCGAAAUCCUCACAAACUCCUUCACCGUCCACUGGCUGGCUCCUCAGAGCAAAAUCACCGGUUACCGCAUCCGCUACCAAAUGAUCAGCGGUGGGAGGGCCAAGGAUGAGAGGCUGCCCCCGUCCAGGAACCACUUCACUCUGACGGGACUCGCUUCAGACACGGAGUACUUGGUCAGCAUCUACGCAGUGAGCGGCCGAGAGGAGAGCAUGGCGCUCACUGGCAAACAGAAAACAAUUUCUGAUUCUCCCACUGACCUGGAAGUCCUGGAGUCAACCCCCACGAGGAUCACUGUCCGCUGGGCCGCCCCGCCAGUCACUGUGCGCUACUACAGGAUCACUCAUGGAGAGUCAGGGGGCCACAGCAAUCCUAAGGAGUUCACCGUGCCCGGUUCUCAGUCCACGGCUACGAUCAGUAACUUGAAGCCCGGCACCGAUUACACCAUCACCGUCUACGCUGUGACCGGCAGAGGAGACAGCCCCGCCUCCAGCAUUCCCAUCUAUGUCACACACAAGACGGGUGUGGACACUCCCUCUGAAAUGGCAGUGACUGAAGUGAAGGACAACAGCGUGACAGUGAGGUGGAGCCCAGCCCAGGGCCCCAUCAUGGGCUACAAGGUGACGGGGGUACCCAGAAAUGGACAAGGUCCCACUUUCACAGAGGUGGUGGCUCCAGAUCAGACAGAGAUAACCUUCUCAGGGCUGAUGCCGACAGCAGAAUAUGUUUUGAGUGUUUAUGCUCUGGGACAAGAUGGCGAGAGUACACCACAGGUGGUGAACGCUGUAACACAUGUAGACCGUCCCAAGGACCUGUCCUUUUCAGACAUCGACUCAACUUCCCUGCGAAUCACUUGGGACAGCCCCGAGGGAUUUGUGACGUCUUACCGGGUCUUGUAUUCCAGCUCAGAGGAGGGGGAAAGAGAGCUGUAUCCCGCUCCCAGUGAGGAUGCCGAGUCUGCUAUUAUUUAUGGACUCCAGCCCGGCACUGAAUACACAGUGAAAGUCAUUGCUAUGCACGAUCACACAGCCAGCACACCACUGGUCGGGACGCAAGCUACAGCCAUCUCUCCUCCAGCAAACCUUGAGUUCUCCCAGGUUGGUUCCACAUCUUUCACCAUACGCUGGGCUGUGCCGGGUCAGGAAAACACCCUAUCUGGGCUUCCAGGCCUCACUGGUUACCGUGUGGUGGUGAACCCCAAGAACAAGAGUGGGCCCACCAAAGAGAUUAACCUGGCCCCAGACACCACGCAGACUCACAUCUCUGGACUCAUGAUUGCAACAACAUAUCAAGUCAAUGUUUAUGCUUUGAAGAACUCUUUGACCAGCAGGCCAGUCCAAGGAGAAGUCACCACCCUGGAGAGUAUCAGCCCACCUCGGCGUGUUCGUAUCUCUGAUGUCAACGACUCCUCCAUCACUCUGACCUGGCGGUCCAAGACGGAAACCAUCUCUGGGUUCCUGAUCGAAGCCACGCCCACGACCUCCUUUUCAAGCUAUAAUCCCAUUCAAAAGACGAUCGGCCCAGACUCUCGUUCGUACUCUAUUACAGGUCUAGAGUCUGGCACCACGUAUAAGAUCAACGUCUACACACUGAAAGGCAACGGACGCAGCGUACCUUUCACACUCACUGCUACCACAGCCCAGCCACUGGUGGUCCCACCCAGCAACAUCCGCUUCACCUCCCUGAAUCCCAGCAGCAUUUCCUUCAUGUGGGACCUCUCCCGCAGUCCCAGGGUGACCGGCUACUACGUCACCUAUGAGGAGGCUGGGGGUUUACCUCGGGAAGUCAUUCCCAGACCCCACGCAGGCCAGAGCUACGCCACCAUCAACGGUCUGAAACCAGGAACAGAGUAUGUCAUUAAGAUUGUAGCCCUGCAGAAUACUUUGAGGAGCACGCCUCUAGUGGGCAGAGCUAGAACACAACCAGCUACAGAUUAUUCAACUGUGCCUGAGCUGCCGCAGCUUCCCAUUCCCCAUCGACCCAGCCCCGACAUCCUGGAUGUUCCAGAGUCCUUCAAUGAUAAAACUUUUGACUCCAACCAUGUCCACUUGGCCGGUACGAGUGGCCAGAGCCAACCAGGCCAGCAGGGUCAGCACAUCUACACGGAGUAUCAGAACCUGGGCCCCAAUAACGGCCUUCAUGGCCCCUUUAGCGGACCCACAGAAGGCCAGAGACCCACUCUGAGAGAACCACUGGUUUAUAUUCCUGUAGCAGGCCCUGAUGGAAACAGAGUGCCCCUGGUCAAGGUGAGCGACAGCCCUCUGCCAGGUCUUGCAUUUGGUUUCCCUGACAACGAAACAGAUUUGCCCCAAGAAGCACAGACAAUCACAGCCAUCUCCUGGCAACCCAUCCCUGAAACUUCAGAGUAUGAGGUGUCCUGUGCUCCCAUUACACAUCUGGAGGAAAAGAGCUUCCAGAUGCGUCUUCCUGGCACCUCCAACAGCGCAACACUGAUCGGUCUAACAUCUGGAGCGUCCUACAAUGUUGUUGUAGAGGCCAUGAAGGGUUCGGCUAAAGAGAAGGUUUUGGAGGAAGUCGUAACUGUUGGCAAUGCCGUUCCAGGCGACAUCCCUGUCACCACCAACCGGGACGCGUGUUACGACACAUUCACGCACACCUACCACGAGUUGGGCUCGGAGUGGGAGCGCAUGUCCGAGUCCGGCUUCAAGCUGUGGUGCCACUGUCUGGGUCUGGGCAGCGGCCAUUUCAGGUGUGAUUCAUCCAAGUGGUGCCAUGACAACGGCAACAACUACCGUAUUGGAGAAAAGUGGGACCGCCGUGCUGAGAACGGUCAUAUGAUGAGCUGCACCUGCCUUGGAAAUGGAAAGGGAGAAUUCAAAUGUGAACCACAUGAGUCUACAUGUUAUGAUGAUGGGAAAAUGUACCAGGUUGGAAACCAGUGGCAGAAGGAAUAUUUGGGGGCCAUCUGUACCUGCACCUGCUAUGGUGGACAACAAGGCUGGCGAUGUGAGAACUGUAGAAGACCAGGAGGACAUACGGAGGUGGAAGCUGACCUCAUGCAGCCUGUUCCUUCAGAUGCCUACGACCGCUACAGAGAAAAUGCUCUUGCUAAACUGAACAUCCAGUGUCCAAUUGAAUGUUUAAGGCCAGAGUUGCUUGCAGUUGCAGAUGCUCAAAGCCCCUUGGAGUAGAGGAAGAGUGUGAAGAAAGGAGGAUACAAGAAGUCCCAUCACUUCAACAAGAACGCCUCCUCCUGCUGCAUUCAAAGACAAUAUUUCCAUUAAUUUGUGCCUUAAAGGUUUUCACCAUACCAAAGUGCAGUGCCUUAAUAAGAGUUUUUUACUCUAAACUCUGUGCCUUUCCAAAGAUCUUAUCCAGAGAUCUGUCCAAAAUCCUAUCAGGAUCUCGAUCCUGUUCACUGUAGCAGAGAUGGGAUUACUUUAUUGGAUCUUUUGCAUUUGGUUUUUUUAAAUUUUCACAGGAAUUACAGCACAAAUCAUGCUGCUUCGUCACCUUAUACUUUCUUCCACAAAACAUUAUUUUCUGUCCACACACACAUGAAGUACUGUUGUGUAUUUUAACUGUUCCAUUGGACUUUUGUUAAUUUCAAAACAUUCCACUUAGUUUUAUUCCUUUUAACCGAGAUGAAUAUCAAUGAAAGUCUGUAAAAGACUUGUGUUCCCUAAUAUGACUGCAGCCACAUUGUUGUAUCCAUUACUGUUUAAUCUUUUGUUGUACUGUGACUAAUACGCAUUCAGAAGUCUUUUGGGUAAUGUUGGAACACAUGUUGUAGUUUCUCAGAUAUUUCCAAAUGAAGAGAGUAAAAGAGUUGAUAUGAAAAGACAUUUCGCAGCCAAACAGUAUUUAUAUUGUCCCCCAAAACUCAGCUCCUAUAUAUCGGCUCCACUGAACAGUUAGACAUGACAUAGACAAUUAAAAUUGCAAUGAAAUUGUUUUGACAGCUUUUUUUUAAAUUGAGUGUGCAUUCAUUUGACAGAAAGUGAUUUUACUUGGUGUCAAAAAAUGUAUGAUUUUAAUCACCCUAUCUGUGUCCAUGUGGUCAGUGUGCUUACAAGCAGGUUAUAAAUCCAUGUCUCUGCUGAUUAAGUUACAAAACAAAGCACUGUUACUUUUGAGAUGGUAUUAUUGAAUUUAUCAGCUUUUAUUACUGUUUAGAUUUUUGGAUUCAUCGUGUAGAUGAGAUUUCUCAUCUGUAGCUGAAUGUGGGUGUUUUCAAAAAAGGCAAAAUAAGCCCCCUCCAAAGCUGUCUAUCAACAAAUUAAACAGUAGGCAAAUUUGCAUUGCUCUGAACUAAGUUUGAUUUUGUGUUUUUGUUUGGAAAGUAAUUUCCUUUUAUUUAUCCCUUUUUAUUCAGGCAUUUUGCUCAAUGCUGUUUUGAGGUGUACACUUUAUUUUGAAUUAACUUGUUUUUAUAUUGUUGGCGCCAACCUCUGAACUACUGUGGACUGAAUCUUUUUAAUAAACUUUUACAAAAUCA